CUACACAUCCAGUGUCACCACUUUGUCUUGAACUGGUCCAGAACCCUACGCAGUGAAGAGAGACCCCGCACCGAAAUUCAGACUUAAACCCAACACCAUUACAGGCUGUGAGGACCAAGUGACUUUCUGACCCCAUUGGUCUGUAGUGAUCCCACCAUGGGGAAGACUGGACAGAGUACUGUGGACUUAAACUCCCCAACAGAGGUCAAACAGGCAGUUCCCUUUGAGGAACUGGAUGCAGUGGCAGCCCCUGCAGAUGAAAAGACAAAAGAAGAGCCACCGGACAGAGGAAGCUGGAAAGGAAAGUUUGACUUUCUGCUGUCAUGUGUGGGAUAUGCCAUUGGCCUUGGGAAUGUCUGGAGGUUCCCUUAUCUCUGUGGCAAGAAUGGUGGAGGGGCCUUCCUCAUCCCGUACUUCAUGACCCUGGUGUUUGCUGGGAUCCCCCUCUUCUUCCUGGAGACAUCUCUGGGACAGUUCACCUCAGUGGGAGGGCUGGGAGUGUGGAAGCUCCUCCCUAUGAUGAAAGGUGUUGGAAUAGCUUCAGUUGUCCUGUCUUUCUGGCUCAACAUCUACUAUAUUAUCAUCAUUGCCUGGGCACUCUACUACUUAUUCAACUCUUUUGGUUCGGAGCUGCCUUGGCAAAGCUGUGAUAACCCCUGGAACACAGAGAAAUGUUUUUCCAACUACAGUCUGACAGACACCACCAACCUGACCAGCGCUGUCACAGAGUUCUGGGAGCGAAACAUGCAUCAGAUGUCAGGCGGUCUGGAGGAGCCAGGGGAGCUACGGUGGCCUUUAGUAGGCACUCUAGGGCUGGCCUGGAUCCUCGUGUACUUCUCGAUCUGGAAAGGAGUGGAGUGGACAGGGAAGGUGGUGUAUUUCUCAGCGACGUAUCCCUACUUUAUGCUCUUUAUCCUAUUCUUCCGUGGGGUCACUCUGCCUGGAGCCAUAGACGGGAUCCGCUUCUAUAUUACCCCUGACUUCAACAAGCUCACCCGGUCUGAGGUGUGGUUGGAUGCAGCAACUCAAAUCUUCUUCUCCUAUGGUCUGGGCCUGGGCUCGCUCAUUGCUCUGGGAAGCUACAACACAUACCACAAUGAUGUCUACAAGGAUUCCAUCAUUGUGUGCUGCAUCAACUCCUGUACCAGUAUGUUCGCUGGCUUCGUCAUCUUCUCCAUUGUAGGCUUCAUGUCCCAUAUCACAAAGAAACCUGUGCAGGAACUAGCAGCAUCAGGGCCAGGUCUGGCAUUCUUGGCUUAUCCUCAGGCUGUCACCCAGCUACCCAUGUCCUCUCUGUGGGCCAUCCUCUUCUUCUCUAUGCUCAUGAUGCUCGGCCUGGACAGUCAGUUCUGCACAGUGGAAGGCUUCAUCACAGCUCUGAUGGAUGAGUAUCCCCUGCAGCUGCGGAAAAGGAAGAAGAUCUUCAUCCUUAUUGUCUGCCUCCUCUCCUUUAUCAUUGGCUUCUCCAACAUUACACAGGGUGGUCUGUAUGUGUUCAAGCUGUUUGACUACUACUCCGCCAGUGGGAUGUGUCUGCUGUAUCUUGUAUUCUUCGAAACCGUUUCAAUAUCCUGGUUCUAUGGAGCUGAAAGGUUUUAUAAGAAUAUCGAGGACAUGAUUGGCUACAGGCCACAUGGCUGGUGGAAGCUCUGUUGGAUGUUCUUCACUCCGAUGAUCUGUCUGGGGGUGUUUACCUUCAGUGCCAUUGAGAUGACCCCUCUGACCCUGGGGAAGUAUGUGUAUCCAUUGUGGGGUCAAUUGAUUGGCUGGUUCAUGGCUUUGUCCUCCAUGGUACUGAUCCCAGGCUAUGUGGUCUACAUGUUCUGCACCACCAAGGGCAGCAUAAAGCAGCGUUGGCGGAUGAUGACAACUUCCCGGGAGGACAAAAAACCAUCAGGGCAUGAAGAAUUUACUCGCACAGGGAGCGUGGGCGAAGCUCCUGUCUAGCCAGGUCAAAAUAAUCUGACAGCCAUUCUCCCCAUGCCUGCCAAUGGCUCUCUGCUGUCCAAAAUUAGAGUUGACAAUUGGACAGAUGGACUUUUGUCUAGUAUUUUACUCCUCCAUAUUAAAUUGUGCUAACAAUGAUGGGGACACAAUUUUCCAACCACAAAUUUAACAUUUUAGAUCAGCUCUGACCCUGUGUACAUUUACCAUAUAUACUGUAUGUAUGACUACAAGCUAGUUUCAAAUUUUCUGUACCACUCAACAAAUCAGUGUCCUUGUUUAUAAGUGACAUAAGUUAUGAAUGGUGUUUUACAAAGAUAUAAAAAACUGGUAUGACUUGAUUUAAGGCAAAUAACUAUAAUAUAUAGACUUUUAUUUAUUUGUGAAAUUGUAGCUUAAAGAACUGCUAAGCCACUGUGAUGUUAUUCUCCAUUUAGUGUCACUUUUGCCAUUAAGUGUCUGUAAAUAAGCGGGCCCUGCAGUUUUAUUUGCGACUGCUUUGAGAUACAUUUGAAAGAUUUUGUAAGCCUACAGUGCGGCUUAUUUUAUUGAAAUAUUACUAAACUGUAAAUAAAUUCAUGUCACUAUGUUAAGUAUGUAAUGUAUUUCUUUUUUAAAGAAUGUUUCAUACUGUUGAUUAAGAUAAAAUAUAACAAAAUCUAUGUUAGUCUGGACAUAAGUCAAAUGAGAUGUAUUAAGGAUUUGCCCAGACUUUGUUGAUGUCAGAACAAAAAAAUGACAAAAUAAAAAUUUUGAUCUUCACAUCUA